AUGGCUGUUAUCGACCGUACCGCAUUCUACCUCUCCUUGGCGAACGCAGCGCUGUUCUUCCAUCAAAUGACUGAACGCAAAGGUUGUGAGUACGGUGACUUUGAAGAGUCCUCGAAGUAUCUCAGCCUGUGUCUCAAUGGGGUUGCUCAAAGGCUUGAAAGGGAAUCCCAUCAGAUCAGUGACGGUGUCAUAACUACAGUCUUGGGAUUUCUCUGUCACGAUUCCAAUGUCGGCAGAUGGGACCGAUACGGUGUCCAUAUGCAGGGUCUCAAUAACAUUAUCCAAGUUCGUGGCGGCUUUCACACCCUGAACAGUACCAUUGUCAUGUUCACCUGUUGGUUUGAUAUUCUUGGCGCCUCUGUUUUUGACCGCAAGCCGCUCUUCCCGGUUGCCUUUGGGUUGUCCUCUGCGAGCGCCCAAGACAACGUAUUGUCUCCAUCUGUGACGGAUCUCCUCAUGCGGAUUCGUGACUCCUCCGAGGGACUUUUCGACAUGGCGACCGCACUUGAGAAGACUGCACAUCUGACAAUGUUUGUGAAUAAUAAUGGAGGAAAUCCUCUGUUUUGGAAGGACGGCGCCACAGCAGCAAGCCGAAUCACACCUGUUCUCCAUUUACUUCUAUCAUUACGACGGUUCACUGAUCCGGCUUCAUCUGGCCAUACCCUGCCGAAGUUAGUGCUUCAGGAGAUGGUCAGACUCGCCUUGCUCAUCGUGGUGGCCAGCGUGAAACAGGCCUUUGCACUCACAGCUGAUGAGCUCGCCGGACUACUACAGCGAUUCUCGGCCUUCGUUCCCAUGGCAUCUCGUAUCGACACUUACUUUCCGGAACUCAGCUUUUGGGCUAUCAUCAUGGUCGCUACAUUGCAGCCAGACCAAUCUGAUCUACUGCAUGCGAGGGCUACUGUCAAUGUGAUGAGAGCCAUGGGAGUCAAAAGUGGCAAGGCCGCCAUUGAAAUUGCGCAAAGUUUCAUCUGGAUUGAUAAAUUGAUGGAGAUGAGUGUCGCAAAAGUCAUUUUCGAGAUUGAUGAUGCUUUGUGUUGCUCCGAAGCAGACCAGGAAGACUACCCAGGAUCUCAGCACACUUGCCGGUGA